AUGUCAAAAAAGGCAUUGUCCCUUGAUUAUAAAAAUCUAGUCGAAAGUUCAAAAUUUGCCGAUAUCUCAAUUCAGGUUGGCGAAAAACCUAAUACUGAAUAUUUUUAUGCACAUUCUUUAAUCUUGCGAACACGUUCACCUUAUUUUCAAGAAGUACUGUCAAAGUAUGGUGAUAAAAUAGAAUUUGGAACGGUUAUAUUAUUUGAUAAACCUAAUAUUACACCAGAGUUAUUCGAAAUUUUUUUCAGAUAUAUUUAUGAUGGUACUAUUGAUCUUACUGAUGUUGAUUUUUCUGACGUCAUCAUCCUUUUAUGGGGUGCUCAUGAACUCCGCCUUAAAGAACUAUGUAAUUAUAUUGAAACGUACAUUGUUGGUCAAAAAGACCUUGUAAAGAAGCAUAUUUCUCUCAUCAAUAGAAAAGGAUUGUCAAAUUUUAAAAAUUUAGCAGCGUUAUGGAGAAGAAUCAUCUCACAAGAUGUGACUAUUUUCAAGAGUAAUAAUUUUAUUACACUUCAAAGGGACGAGUUUCUUCAUUUUUACAUUAACCGUCCAAAUAAUAUUACUGAUAUUGAAUUAUGGGAAAAACUUCUUAAAUGGUCAACCGUGCAAUCUGGUUCUUUACCAUCAGAUGUUUUUCAUUAUACUGCUGAGCAUUUUGCAAUUUUAAAAAAAUCGAUUGAACCAUUCAUUUCAUAUAUUAAUUUUAAACUAGUUAGCAAAAAAGAUUUUGCUCAAAAAAUUCGCCCAUUCCGACAUGCUUUUGAUCCCGAUUUUUACAUUCAACUUUUAGAAACACAUUUGGAUGAAUUUCAAGAAUCAAACAUUACAACUAAACCUCCCUCUCCUUCAAACAUUUCUAAAAUAUCUGCAACACUUACAUCUGGUGCCAAAUUACCGAUAUCUGUAGAAGUCAAUUUCGAGUCUAAUAGAGUCAAAUCUACUGCAGUUACUGCAGUUACAACUUCUAAACCAACAAAUACUACAGAAUUUAAAUCCACAAAAUCUACUUCUGCUUCUGCUGCAAUUACUUCUACUUUCACACCUGCCACUUCACCCAUUUCCUCACCUACUUUCAAACCUACUCCCACACCUACAUAUAUACAUACUUCCACAUCUACUUCUGCUCCUGACUCUAUCCCGACUUUUACACGACAACUCACAAUUCAAUCAAAUAUAAUUGAACAAAAUCACAUUAUAUUGAUAGUAAAAUGGAUUAAUGAAAUAAGCGAUUUAGAUCAAAAUACUUUUUAUACCUUCAAUUUACUACAACGUGCUUCAAGACAUGGUUCUAAUUCCAAAAAAUUUCAUGCCCGCUGUGAUGAUAAAGGUCCAACAUUAGUUAUCAUUCUUAAUUCAAUAGUUAGUAAAGUAAUUGACACUGAACAUGCAAUUAGACAAAACAGAUACACAGGCCCAGGUUUUGGAAAAAAUGAUUUAAAAAUUUGUGGUGAAACAAAGGAUAAUGAGAAAAGUAGAUGUAGAAAAGGGAGUUAUGAAAAAUCAAUUCGACAAAGCAGUGAUGUUUUUUCUGUAGAUGAUUAUGAAGUUUUUCAAGUUUUUAGAAAAUCCAAUUCACUGUAA